CAAGCGCCGAAUGGUGAAACGAUCACUGACCAGUCGUUUUACGAGCGCCUUAUCUUUAUCACUCAACCCAUCAAAAACCUCUCAAAUCACGGCACACACACAAUCCACGAAAUUACCGAACAGUCAGUGGUGAAAACUGCAGUACGCGCCCCUCCUCACAAUGCUCCCGAUACUCGCGCUCCUCCUAUUCCAGAUCCUCCCGUUGUUAUCCCAACCGACAACAUGUCCGGUCAAUCUUGACCUUUGUCAGUGUACCGUCGUCGACCGGGUGUUUACCUUAACGUGCCGGGGGAUUAACCAAACCUAUCUCAAUGAUCGGAUUUUACUUAACGUCAACCUCCAGAAUGUCGGGCCCAUCGCCCUGACCCUCCGGGACUUCCAGGACGGGAUGACGGCGCGCUGGCCGGAGAAUUCCAACGUCAUUCGCACUCAGCUGCAGAGUUUAUCGAUUAUCAACGCCAACCAGAUCCGGGUGCUGCCGGACUGGUCGAGCGCUAGCGCGCUCCGGGAAUGCCAUCUGGAGGGUCUCCCGGCGUUGUCCAAUGUGGACUUCCGGGGGAGUCUGUUUCCCGCGGGAAUAACUGUACUAAGAAUUGUGUCCACCAGAAUUACACGGCUCACCGAGGAAAUGCUAACCCUGCGGAAUCUAACCACCUUGGAGUUAAUCGGACACGCGCGUCUCGAGGUCAUCGGACGGGCGUUUAAUCAAUUAAACCAGCUGGAGGUGCUAAAAAUCAACGGCGGGCUGGCGAAACUGGGUCAGAAUAGUUUAUUCGGGUUACACAACGUGAAGGAAUUAAACCUCACCUGGAACGGGAUGACGGACCUGGGGAACGGUGUCCUCACCGACCUGCCCAACCUCGUCGUCCUGGACCUCUCCCACAACGACCUCACACGCACUCCCGAUGACCUUUUCUCCUCGCCACACCUCCGCUUUGUGGCGGCUAACCACAACGAGAUCUCCACCCUCCCGGCGGGAUGGAUCGCUAAUACGGACGUCCGGCGGGUGGACGUCACAGACAACCAGUUGGGGACACUUCCGGUUCCGCUUUCCCGCAACGCAUCCCGUCUAAAUUCCCUCAAUUUCUCCGGGAAUCGCUUAACGAACAUCGCGGCGGGGGUCUUCAGCGGAUUAGGGAGUGUCAUCGAGGUGGAGCUGCAGGAGAACCAGCUGGAGCAUCUCGAAGGGGAGGUGUUUGGGGGACUAGGCGGCGUCCGGAGGUUGAAUGUCAGUUAUAACCAGAUUGAACGGAUCGGGAACGGGGUGUUCCGGGAUAUGCGGAGUCUGCAGGUGUUGGAUUUACGGGAAAACCGGGUGCUGAUUGUGGAGGAUGAGGCGUUCGGAUCAAUGGGGAAUUUAACGGAAUUUCUGUUUACCGGGAACACCCUGACCUGUUCGUGCAGUAACCUGCACAUGGCCGACUACCUGACCGCCAACCACACCCUGACCUCCAGCGACCUUUAUUGCGUAGAUCCGCGCACCUACCAGCUGCAUGCGCUGUCCACACUCAACGCCACCAACUGCGCUCCGGACCGCGGUAACCGCGCGCCUUUCUCCACCAAUCUGGAGGGUCUCCUGCUGGCCGCCGCCGUCCUGUGCGGCGCGGUGCUGUUUAUCGGACUGGGCGUGGCCUGCUCUUGUGCGUUGCAUCCGCGUUUCCGCAAAUACCGGCAUUCGUAUCCGUCGGAUUACGGGUUGGAUAAUAUCGACUACCGGCCCGGGCAUGAUGUGCAGAUCACCGAAAUUAAGGCCGAGAGUCAGACGACGAUACUGUAGAUGAUUCUGUCGGUUGAUUGUUGAUUGGGGUGUGUGGAGAGAAUUUUUGUGAUGAGGAGUGUUUUAUACAGUCUGGAUUUGAUUAUACGUGUAUAGUAUCGUUCUUUAUUGUAUAAAAAACCACCAAAAAAACAGAGGGAAAAUUUUCCUGGAGGUAAUAGUUAUACAGUAGCCCAGUUAAUAACGGAAGUUUAAUAAAAUACUUGUAUCA